AGAAGAAGAUUAUGAUGAGGGGGAAAGCGGUACUUCUGUCAGGAAAAGCCAUUUUGAUGGCAUGCAUAGGGAGCUUUCUUGCAGGGUCUCUGUUUGGUAGCAGGAAUUGGAGUACUCGCUCGGCGAAUUAUGAUCUACCCAGGGAUAACCAUCACCGGCUUCCAAUCAUUCCUUAUCAUGUCAACAGGAACAUGGUACAGUUGCCAUCUGAUUCCCGUCAUGAUCAUGGCCAUAAUAAUCCAGGACUGCCUCAAGGAGUAGCUGGAGAUGUUAUGGGGGAAGUCGUGAAAACGCAUCGAGCAAUCCAAUCACUUGAGAAAACUAUAUCAAUGCUAGAAAUGGAAUUAGCAGUAGCUCGCACGAGCAGCAGUAAUGGCGGCGAUGGAAUUCAAAAUCCACCGCCGACGAAUCACACAUUGCAGAAGGCCUUCGUGGUGAUCGGAAUUAACACGGCGUUCAGUAGCAAGAAACGGCGGGAUUCGGUCCGCGAAACGUGGAUGCCAGGAGGAGCGAAGCUGAAGAAACUGGAGAGAGAGAAAGGAAUAGUUAUAAGGUUCGUAAUCGGACACAGCGCCACUCCCGGCGGCAUUCUGGACAAAGCGAUCGACGCCGAGGAGGUAGAACACGGCGAUUUCCUCCGGCUGAAACACGUGGAGGGGUACCACGAGCUAUCCACCAAGACUCGUCUCUAUUUCUCCACUGCGGUUUCGAUUUGGGAUGCUGAAUUUUACCUCAAGGUCGACGACGAUGUCCAUCUGAAUUUAGGUACUUUAGUGAGUAGACUUGCAAGAUACCGAUGGAAACCCAGAGUAUAUAUUGGGUGCAUGAAGUCGGGGGCCGUACUCUCUCAAAAAGGUGUGAAGUAUCAUGAACCAGAAUAUUGGAAAUUUGGGGAAGAAGGAAACAAGUAUUUCAGGCAUGCGACAGGACAGAUCUAUGCCAUCUCCAAGGAUCUCGCAGCAUACAUCUCCAUUAACCAGCCCAUACUUCAUAGAUAUGCUAAUGAGGACGUGUCAUUGGGCUCCUGGUUCAUCGGCUUGGAAGUCCAACACGUUGAUGAGAGGUCCAUGUGUUGUGGCACUCCACCUGACUGUGAAUGGAAAGCACAAGCUGGAAAUGUGUGCGUGGCGUCAUUCGACUGGUCUUGCAGUGGAAUAUGCAAAUCCGUUGAGAGGAUCAAACACGUGCAUACCUCGUGCGGGGAAGGCGACGGUGCUGUUUGGAAUAUUGAUCUCUAACUUCUUUUUCUUUUGACGAAUAAAAAUUCUCUGUAUUGUAUUGGUAGCGAAAUUUAGUACGGAG